AACCCGCCACAUGAGCUACCCCGAAGACUUGUGCCGAGAAGGCAUGAACGCGCUUGACGAACUGACCGGUGAUGCCGCGCCAUUCGAUCAUACUGCCACACCCAAGCUGUCCUCCGAGCUAAAAGAUCUCAUUCGAGCCACCAAGUGCCAGACUACAGCGGAUGGAACCCUCAAGCGCAAAUCGGGCAACAUGGACUACCUCUUCAAGAUCACCGAGCCCAUCACGCCUACAUUCCUCGCCGCUGCUGCCAUCCUCCCCACACAACCCCAAAUCUACCAAGGGCAAGGCGAAGACGGCGAUGCGCAAUUCUGUCAGAUCCGCGACAUCGACAUCCCCCAAAUCAAACACUGGCUCGCAACAACCUGCCCCACCAUCUCACCAACCUUCAUCCCCAUCAACAAAGCGCGCAAAACCCUCUCUCCACACUCCGCAUACCCAACUCUCGGCUACGACACCACACUACCUCACCGUCGCCCCCAAGACAUGACCAUGACCGGCUCUGCGAAUCUUCCAGCGCAAAACCAACUCCCGGUAUGGUACUUUUUCUACGGCACCCUAGCCGACAGCUCGCACCUGGCCCAUCUAUUCGGCUCGCCGCCAGGCCAACAACACACGCUCUUGCAAGCGAUGAUACAUUCGGGAAAGAUUAGGAAGUGGGGUGGCAAGUACAAGGCGCUAAUCGACAAUCCGGGGACGUGCGUUGAGGGCUGCGCGUACGAGGUUGUGUCGCAGGAGCAAGAAGAUGCGCUAAGGGUGUAUGAGACGGCAAAGUAUGAGGUUGUGAGAGUAGAGAUUAUGUGUCGGAUGGAUUUUCGAGCGCGGUUUGUGAAGGGGUUGACGUUUCGUUUUGCGGGAGAGGAGAGGGAGUUGGACGAGGAUGAGGAUGAGUCGGACAAAGGUGAGUCGGAUGAAGAUGAGUGAGUUGAAGCAGCACCAGUGGGUUACUUAUCAGAG